UCCUGCAUUGGCAGGCGGGUUCUUUAUCACUAGCGCCACCUGGAAAGUGCCAGGAGCCCACAAAGCAGAACUGCUUAACCCGAGAUAGCGGGUGGGGUGCGCGGCCAGCAUUCUGGGACCCGGGAAUAAGUGGGGACGUCGCUGCGCCCGGGUCCCCGCACCUCCGCGGGGCGGCCACCCUGAGGGCUUCGUCCCCGCCCCCCUCCCCUCCCCGCGGCCCUAGCUCUCUUCCGAGACCGGCCGCCGCCACGCCGGCCGUUCUUUACCCGCAAGUACAAAUCUGACACAGGCAUCAGGCCCUCAUGCUCCCGGCUUCUCGGCUCCUACAAACUCGCAGCUUUCGCUGUUCCACCGAGCCCUCCGUAGUCAAGGCAACCGUGGAAGCCCAAGAGACCGACCCGCUGCCGGCUUCCGGCGGGGACAGAGACGCGCGCGGGUCAAAGGUCGUGCGUCCCUAGCCCCGCCCCUGGAGUACGGCCAUUCGGGAGACGACUAGUUGUGGGUGCCUGCGACGAAAAACCACUCUGGCUGACUGUCUUAUAUCUAGCAAUGGAAUCAUCUCCAGCCGCCUGGCAGGCAAGUUGAGGUACAUGGACAGCAGAGAAGAUGAACAGGUCCGAGGGAUCACUAUGAAAUCCAGUGCCAUCUCACUGCAUUAUGCGGAAGAAUUGACCACUUUGCCAAAAUCUACAGUCAAAAAACUGACAUCUGAAAGGAAGUUCUUUUGAAAACAUUGUGGGGAGAUUAUUAUAGAAAUAUGAAGGCUAAGAAGAUUAUAAAGGUGGAUCAGCAGAUGAUUCUUAAAGAGGAGAAUAACCAGGAAAAGAUAUUAACGGACGGGGUGCUUGAUGUAAAUCACGAGCCAGAAAACAUGCCAAGCGCCAUUGGAAAAAGAUCCUCUGACGGCUGUCUAAGCCACGAGGAAGACCUGGCUAAGGUGAUCGAGCUCCAGGAAGUCAUAGACAAGCAGUCGCAAGAGCAGAGCCAGAUGAAGGAGCGCCUGGCAGCCCUGUCUGCCCACGUGACAGAGCUGGAGAAGGACCUGGACACGGCCAGGAGGGACCUCCUCAAGUCCGAGGAAGUGAACAUAAAACUGCAGCAGGACUCUGCGAAGCGACCUGACUUGGGCAGCGCUCUGGACCUCAGGUUCCCCAUGGCGGAGUGGCCGGCAGACUCCUCCGGCAAUGGGGCGGUGCUGUGGUGCCCCCAGAAAGGCCGGCUGGCAGUGCUGCACAAAGAGCCGUCCAAGGUGCAGACCCUGAAGGAGCAGGACUGGGAGCUCGUGCAGCAAGCCAGCAUGCUGGCCAACGUGGCCCAGGUGUUCAAGAGUGAUGAGGGCGUGUCUGAUGGCGAGGGCAACAGGGUCACCUUCUUCAGCUCGGCUACUCAGCUGUCGCCCAGUAGGCAGGCCAAUGCCAAGACUCUGACUGUGAUGCUGCAGGAGUGUUGGGGAUUUUCUCCUCGGGACUUGGAAGCGACGAACCUGAAAGAAGGACACUCGGACAGUCUCUUGCAAGGACUGACAAGUUUAUUUCUGCAGUCAAGCCUUUUUAUAAAAGUAGGAACAAAGAUCUUAGAGUAUACAGCCAGCAGAGCGCGUACGGGGUUAACACCUAAUGGGUAAAAAUAUUUCAAGGACAGCGCGCUCUAAGUGACCCAUGUGCUUAUCCCAUAACCUGUUUUCUCAAGCAACAUCCUUAAUAUUUAUUGUUAAAUCUUGGAGCCAGGCACAACCAAAGGCAGGAGAUGUUUUUCUGCCCGAGCACACCAAGCCAGGGUAUUUCUGGCCCUUAGCCAUUUUCCCAAGGACUUCCUCCAGCCGGCUAUUUUGUACUGGGCUUCCCAACAUAUCCUCCUUUUGUUUUUAAUUUAAGCACGGCAGCUGCUAGUUGGACUCCAUUGUGGGAGGCACGGAGUCUUGAGUAGAGACAUCUGAAUCCUGUAAGCAAUGACAGAAAAAGCAGGGUGAUUAAUACAUAUAUAAAAAUAUUGCUUCCUGAAAACCAAGCUCUAGGGUCUAGAGACGAUAGGGUUUUGGUUAAAGUAUCAUAAAAUUGAGUGCUGUACAAUUCCUAAGGUACCUUAACUUGAAAAUUAGCAACUUGUUGUUUCAACAAAUUGAUGUCUAAACUUGAGUUAUUUGUGAGAUCCUGCAAAUGCGCUUUAACUUUACCCCAAGGAUAUUCAGUGCUAUUAUAGGGCAUGUUAGUCAGACAAAAAGAAGUAAAAUUCCAGUGACAACGUAUACGUGUUUGGAAAGUCAGUUGCUGCACUUGAUCUCCUAAGUGGAUAACCAUAGUUCGUAACUCAUUAAUUCGUGUUUGUAAUUGCUGAUCUAUUUGAGCUUGUCGAGUCCAAAGAUCAUGAGAGUCUUUGUGCCAAGCAGUGAUAAAAUCAUGGUUUUGUAUGGAAUUAUGUAAAGCCAUACUGGACAAAGUUCCUAUAGUCACAAUAGAGAUAAGGCUUAAGAUGUCUGCAAUAAUCCACCCAAUGAUGCGCUUAGAUCGCCUAAGUCCAGUUUUCAACAAUACAGAAAGAAAUACAGAAUCAGUCCAAGGCUCAGUUAAGUUUACGGGAAGCCAUAACUCAGAUCUUUGUUUAACUAGUGCAAUGCUAGCAUUGUGAUAUGAAAUGGUGUGAUUAAGGCAGGUAUACAAUGCACAUGCAGUACAAUUGACAAUCUUGGUUGAUAAGUCAAUAUCAAAAUGCCCUACAAUAAACAAGUACGGAAGGUGAACACACGAUUGAAUAUAGCCAGUACUAUUGUGUAGGAAGGUAUAAUUAUAAGGACGAAACACACCCACAGUCCCAUAAACACUAGCGAAGUGCUCUAAGGCUGCUGAAAUUUUCCAAAUGUGCCAUUGCUCUGGCCCCACAAUGGAGACGACAGUCCUGGGUCGUGGGGGUGGUAAGCCCCCGUUAUACCAAUUCAGCAAUAUGUCCUUAUCAGUCCAGAAACUUGUCUUAGUUUUAUGAAAGCCUCCAAUGCUUGAUCUAUUAAACCAGGAGCAAUUAUGAUGUUCCUCCUGCUCUUCAGAACAGUUUACAAACAAACUGUGAGGUCCCCAGUCAACAAAUUUAAAUGUAUGAUUAGUAUGAUUUUGCUGAAUUAUAGAAACUUUCCCAAAUUGGCCUCGACAAUCAAACCAAUGUACUGGUUGUAUCUCCUGUUUUCUUCUCCAAGAUACAGUAUGACAUGAAGUUUCCUCUGGUUGAAAAAGCGAGUUUGAAUAGUUGGCUAUCUGGCCUGGAUAAUGUUGCUCAGAGCCAUUAAGUAAGAAAGAUGCCAUAACAAAAAUUCCCAGAUGCAAAGCAGUCCCAUUGUUGGCAGAGUAUGCCCACCACUGUGGGAAGAUAGUCAUGCAAAGGGGAUGAGAUCCGAAGCAGAUAGGCAAGGUUUUGAAUCCCACGGAAAUGUUGAUUGGCUUUCCCUCAUCUUCAUGAAUUGGUCGCUUUGUGGACCAGGGACUUGGAAAAUGCAUGCUGUCAUUAGUAAAGAUCAUAAGGGCUUUAUCUACCCAAUCCACUAUGGAGAGAAGUGGUGGGUUGGGUAUGUAUGCCCAAUAAACAUAUUCUGCACUUACCCCAGAGGAACAGGAAAGAACAGCUAACAUUGCCAGAAACAGCUUAUCUGGAGUCAUAGGAGUUCCAGUACUCUUCAGUGUCUGCUCAGCCUGAUGAGUCAUGUUUUUCACUUGACCCCAUGUCGGGUAAGGAUUCAGAUGAUGGCGUUUCCUCAUUGGCUCCUCCAGGGUCAUUGACGAGACCCUUCAUGUCAGUUUCGUCACUUGCCGAGGGAGUCCGGUCUUGGGGUCCCUCUCGGUAAUGGACAUGGCGAAGGGGAACCCAGAUUUCCUCUCCAUCUGCAAUGACAAGACCAUAACCCUUGCCUAGGAGUCGUAAGAUACCUGGCAGCCACUGAUCAAAUUGCUUAUACCAUAUUGGUGUAUUGAUUUCUAAUUUGCUGUUUUUGUCUUCUGCAAAAUGUCUAUCUGCACGAGUGUCAGAAUUAUUUUUUGUUAGGUUUAAAAAAUUCAGGGAAUACAGAGUUAAAGAUAAUAGUAAUUGAGGGUUCAUGGGAUAAGAAGUGUAGCUCCUCUUCCAUAUUCCCCCUUUCUGUUUUAAUAAAUGGGUUUUUAGGG